CUACGAACGUAUUGUCGUGGCUGGUGUCGUACAAUUUGCAGACUCACCAUGGCGUUGAAAGAGACCGCGGGGCUGUAUGAGACUCUUAAAGCUGAGUGGAACAAGAAAAACCCGAACCUGAAUAAAUGUGGGGACCUCCUGAUCAAGCUAAAGGUUUCCCUGCUGGAUCUGAACUUUUUACCUACUAGUGGAUCGGCGAUCACCAAGCAGCAGCUUAUUUUAGCUCGUGAUGUCCUUGAGAUUGGAGCUCUGUGGAGCAUCCUCAAGAAAGACAUACCAUCUUUUGAGAGAUACAUGGCUCAGCUAAAAUGUUACUACUUUGAUUACAAAGAUGAACUUCCUGAUGCUGCCUACAUGCACCAGUUGCUUGGACUAAACCUGCUCUUCUUGCUCUCUCAGAACCGUGUGUCUGAGUUUCACACAGAACUCGAGAGACUGAGUGCUCGAGAUAUUCAGACCAACGUGUACAUCAAACAUCCAGUCUCACUAGAACAGUACUUGAUGGAGGGAAGCUACAACAAGGUAUUUCUUGCAAAAGGGAACAUUCCUGCUGAGAGUUACACCUUCUUCAUAGAUAUUUUGCUGGACACCAUUCGUGACGAGAUUGCUGGUUGCAUUGAAAAAGCAUAUGAGCAGAUCCAGUUCAGUGAAGCAACCCGAGUGCUUUUCUUCAACUCUCCAAAAAAGAUGACGGACUACGCCAAGAAGAGAGGCUGGACCCAGAACCCAGAUGGCUAUUACACUUUCACCAGUCAGCACCAGCGGACAGAAGAAGUGACCAUACCCUCCACAGAGCUGGCACAACAGGUCAUCGAAUACGCACGACACCUGGAAAUGAUUGUGUAAUCCGCCCCCAGGAACACUCAUCCAUGCACAGACACGCUCGGAUAAACGCGCCACCGGUCCAGCAUACUUCCAGUCAUCUCAGACAGAUUCACCCAGGGAUGGAACCUUAGAGUGGUUCAUUUAUUCCCUCAUGAUUAGUCCUUAAAUGUAUCUCCAGGUUCUUCUGUCUGGUAUGUCAUGAGAAACCAAACUGAAAGUAUAUUAGUUUAAUCUUUGGUCUGAUGUUACCGAAGCCAGUCGUUAAUCUCCGAGAAAAUACAGUUUUCAGCCCAACUACAACAUCUACAAAGUCUCAGACUUUGUUGUUUUUGCAGCUACUUGAGGCUUGGUUAAAGCUGUCGUCCUUAUUGUUUUCUUUAGUCCAGAAGGACUUUUGUAUUUCGUGUUUUUUUUCUCUAGUACCUACAGAAAUUUCCUGCCCUUCUUUGUGCCCACAACUAAAAGGAUUUCCAUUAAAGUUUGUUUUCUAAGCGGUAAUGUCACUUCUUCUUCCCUGGAUGGCUUAUAUUAUGACAGAAUUCUUUGUUUGCAAUAAACUGUUCAGAAAAUAA